AUGAAUCCCUUCAAACUCCCGGCAGACAACAUCUUCCUCCUGAGAAACAAGGAAAAUGAACAAAGGAAGCUGGAGCGCCAGCGACAGAAGACGCUGAAGGUCCAUGAGAAGUCCACCUAUGCUGGGAGGAUACAGGCCAAGCAGGCUAACCUGAGGCAGGAGCUGAGGCAGGGGCAGAAUGAGGUGUACUCCACCUCCUGCAGCAAGGCUGUGUCCACCCUCAGGGAUGAUCCGGCAUGGAGGAAAGCUGCCAUCCUGAACUCCAAUGACAGGGAGAAUAUUAGUGAGUACAUCACUAAGAAGAGAGAGAUGUUUCUUAUUGAGUACUCCCUGGCUGUGAAGAGGGAGGUGAUUCACAAGCUGGCUGAGGUGGCCACCAAGGAAGAGAACAGGCUGCAGCAGGCGGAGACAUUUCUGGACGAGGACACGGCCAUGUUUGACGAGUUCCUCGAGGAGAAUGACAAGAACUCAGUGGAGGCAAUCAAAAUUGCUGAACAGGAGACCAAAGCCAAACUGGAGAAGGUUGCAGAGAUCAAGAGGAUCUCGGGCAAAAUGGUGGCAGUAAAAAGUGACAUCUCCAAGAACGAGGAGAUCCUGAAGGAGUACACCCUGUACGAUGGCUUCCUGCUGAAGCUGUCCCCUACAGAGUGGCAGGAGAGACAGCAGGCUCGCAGGGCCAUGGUGGACAAGAUCAAAGCUGCCAUCAAGGAGAGGGAGGCUCAGCUAGCCGAGCCAGCCAAACCCGGCAGACGUAAAGAGAGUAUGGCCAGGGACCUGCCUCCUGUAUGUGACCCCAGGACUCCCCAGAGACAGAGUAUGAUGGGAACCAGAGAGAGCAUCAAGCCGAAGAAGGUUACAGUACCGGUGGAUGAGAGCAAACUGCCUGAAUAUGAGGAGCCGGAGCUGUUCUUCACUGACCCUCAGCAGCUGUUGGACCUGCUGACAGACCUGGAGAAGCAGAACCUGACUCUGAUCCAGAACUCCAGAGAGACAGAGGAGACCAUGGAGGAGUUCAAACACACUUUGGACAACACUCGUAACAAGAUGGACCAGGAGACAGAGCAGCUGACCCAGCAGAUUGACAUAAUUACCCAUGCUAUCCAGAGAGAGAAGGACACUGCUGCUGAGCUGGAGCUCAAAUCACGACUCUUCUCCUUUGGGAAAUACAAGGCAGAGGACCAGGAUGUGAUGCUGGAGGCCCUGGGCAGGAAGGUGGCCGAGGUGUACAGGAGCUAUGCGGGGGAGAGUGGGGCCAACCUGACCACGCUACAGAUGCUGACCAACAUCGAGGGCCGCCUGGGGGAAUUGCUGGAGAACGUGGAGCUGGUUCCCAAGGACCGUGUGCUCAUGGCCGAGAGGGCCAAGGAGAAGGAGAGGAGACUCAGGCUAAGGGAGGAGAAGGUUCGUGUGCAGAAGAUGCAGCAAGAGGAGCGCCUGCGUAAAGCCCUGGAGAGAGCUCAGGCUAACACCAAGAGACCUAAGGGGAAGAAGCUGAUGCCUCGCUCACUACCUCCGGUGACUGAGCAGUUAGUGAACAAUGAUGACAGAGACACUGACAUGGAGAAGGAGAAGCAGCUCUACUUCUUCACCUGAACCCCUCCAGCCUAGACCAUGGUCCCUGAUGGAUCUUCAGUAGUUGAUGUGUUCUGUAUGUUAAUGUUAAAUCCAAAUUCAAUUGUCGGUAUGUGCAGAUUAUACUUUGGAGAGUUGACACUUUGCCAGUACAUUUUCACUGCCACAUGAUGGCAUCAAGAUCCUGAGAUCAGGAGUAUGUGUAGAGGCUAAAGAAGAAGACAUCAUGAACGGUCCUGUAGACUGAAAGUACAGACCUCCAGAAAUACUGAACACAAAUACUACCACACACUUUGGAACUCUGUUUUAAAGUGCUUUAAUGUCACCUGAUGCGU